CUCCUUCCUUUCCUCCCUUCCUCUCCCUCUCCUUCCCUCCCUCCGUCCCUCCCAGCUCCUAUACCAGGAAACAGCCCGGAUCCCAGCAGCGGCCUGACCCGGCUCCACGCUGGCCGGGAGAAUGAAAGGCCCCAGCUGGGGGCUGCUUGCCACCAGUGCUGGGUCGUAAGAGCUGCCAUCCAGGCUGGCCGCCCGCAUGGCGACCCCAGCCUCAGCCCCAGACACACGGGCUCUGGUGGCAGACUUUGUGGGCUACAAGCUGAGGCAGAAGGGUUAUGUUUGUGGAGCUGGCCCUGGGGAGGGCCCAGCCACUGACCCACUGCACCAAGCCAUGCGGGCAGCUGGAGAUGAGUUCGAAACCCGCUUCCGGCGCACCUUCUCUGAUCUGGCAGCCCAGCUGCAUGUGACCCCAGGCUCAGCCCAGCAACGCUUCACCCAGGUCUCUGAUGAACUCUUCCAAGGGGGUCCCAACUGGGGCCGCCUUGUGGCCUUCUUUGUCUUUGGGGCUGCACUGUGUGCUGAGAGUGUCAACAAGGAGAUGGAACCUCUGGUGGGACAAGUGCAGGAGUGGAUGGUGGUCUACCUGGAGACACGGCUGGCUGACUGGAUCCACAGCAGUGGGGGCUGGGCGGAGUUCACAGCUCUAUACGGGGACGGGGCCCUGGAGGAGGCACGGCGUCUGCGGGAGGGGAACUGGGCAUCAGUGAGGACAGUGCUGACGGGGGCUGUGGCACUGGGGGCCCUGGUAACUGUAGGGGCCUUUUUUGCUAGCAAGUGAGAAAGUUUAGGGCCAGGUGGGACUAGGUGUAGCUGGGGGACCGGAGAGCAGGAACAGAGACAUGCCCUUGGAAGAGAUGGGAUGAAGGUUGAGCAAGGAUUGGAACAGGCAGGAGAAGGGGAGGCCGUGAGGGAGCUGAAUGUCAGGCAGGUUGGUAGAAGGGUGAGUUGGAGACAUAGGGAAAUAUAUGGGGAGAACGGAGGCCAGGAGGUAAAGUCAUUCCAGGUAUGGGGGGAGGGGGGAGGGAUUAUGCCUAUAGGUAUGGGCACGUGACACUGUACAGGGAGCUUGGUUUGCAGCCCUGA